AUGAGGUACAAGGGCGAGAAAUUCACGUGGAAUAACGCGGCAGAAGUGUCAUAUCAAAGAAUAAAGAAAGAACUGUGUGAAGCACAUGUGCUAGGCAUGCCGACAGAAAAAGGAAUGUACGAGCUGGAUAGCGAUGCAUCGGUAGCAGCGAUCUCUGGUAUACUCCAUCAAGAACAAGAGUGGAAACCAAUUGCCUGCGGGAGCAAAGUCUUGAGCGAUACGGAAAUGAAGUACGGGGCACACAAAGCGGAGAUGUUUGCGGUCGUCACUUUUGUGGAAAAAUACAGGGCAUACAUGGGUAGCGAAUCAUUCAAGCUACGGGUGAAGGAUCCUAGGAAGAUUAAAUUCCCUCUUAGGUCUGUGGAAAGCUCGAAACUUAACGAGGUCGUGCAGAUAGACCAUCAGAAGAUCUGCAUGACAGACUCGGGAUAUAACCAGAUACUGGAAAUUUUAGAUCAUUUUACGAAAUUUGCAGAAGCGGCACCAUGUCAAACGGCCUCGGCGGAAGAAACUUGUGAUCACUUGAUAACGCACUGGAUAUCACGAUAUGGUUGUCCGAUGACAUUCCAAUCGGUCAAUGGGAAGGCCUUUGUGGGGGACCAGACAAAAGAACUAAUGAGAAGAUUCCACAUUGCACAGGCUCAUUCAACGAGCUACCAUCCACAAACGAAUAGAUUAGUGGAGAGACAGAACAGAACAUUAGUGAUUAUGCUCAGGGUGUUUUGCUCAAAAUAUAUGACCGAGUGGGACAAAUAUCUGCCGCAGGUUGUAGGGGCGUAUAAUAGCACGCAACACUCGACAACGGGGAUCAGUCCUUUCAUGAUGUUAACAGGUAGAGAGAGAGUGGUGCCCCUGACCUUCUUCAAUCCGGAAUAUGAGGGAAAAAAGACGUCGCCUCAGGCAUAUUUGAAGGAAGCAGUCAGGAGACAACAGGAAUUGAACGAGCUGUGCAGAAGGAACACAGCACAGACACAGAGGAGACAGCGUAAAAAGUACGACAAAAAAUGCUUCCAGAACAUCAUACCUCCGAAAGGGACAAAAAAGCUAUUGAAGAAAUGGAGAGGCCCAUUUAUGAUAACGGAAGUGCACCAUUAG